AUGGCCGAGCUGUUCGUAUACGGCACUGGCGUGAACUCGUGCGGGGGACCGCCGACGCCUCCUCCGACUGCUGCAACCCCCAGUCCCGCUGCUGGGGGGGCCGCCUCGGCUUCUGCCAUUGGCGACCCCCACCUGACGAACGUGUACGGCCAGAAGUUCGACCUGAUGAAGUUGGGCAAGCACGUUCUGAUAAACAUCCCCCGUGGAGAGCCCGCGGAGAGCGCCUUCUUGCGCGUGCAGGCCCUUGCUCAGCGAUUGGGUGACCAGUGCGGGGAUGUGUACUUCCAAGAGGUGAACGUUACAGGGUCUUGGGCAGAGGCAAAACAAGCGGGAGGGUAUCAUUACAGCAUCUCGCAAAGCGUCGCUGAGUCUCCAGAAUGGGUCGCUUUUGGCGAGGUGGAGUUGAAAGUGGUUCAGGGACGUACGCACGUUGGCACGAAGUAUUUCAACGUGUACGUGAAGCGCUUGGGACGAGCGGGGUUUGCUGUGGGAGGUCUACUAGGGGAAGACGAUCAUACAGAUGCAACACAGGUUCCAGCGUCUUGCCACAGGCAAGUUGCUCUGGUAGAUGGGAAUACGGACGCCCAGGAUUCGUUGAGCAUCACCUUGUCAUCCGCAUCGUCAAGCUUCGCGUCAUUCGCAUCUGCAAGCUUGGAGUGA